GUUGAAAACAAUGGCAGCCGCGUCGCCAACACGCGGCGGCACGGACGGCUCCCCCCACGGCAACGGCGGCGGCGGCGGGGGCCCCGGCGCUGGCGGCGGCGGCGGCGGCGGCGGGCGAGAGCUUCCGCCGCUGGCCAUUGGCGGCGAGGGGAAGGACAUGGUGCAUGAGAUCUUGGCGGCGGCGGGGCCGGGCGGCAUCGCGCAGGUGCAAGAGGCCUGCCUGCUGCCUCACGCGCUGGUGCGGCACCUGCUGGGCAUGUGCGAGGUGCUGGAGGUCAGCCGCUGCGAGGCGCACAAGGCAGUGCUGCAGCGCGCCAAGGAGCGGCUGCUGGGCCGGGUGGCGGCGCUGGACGGUAAGUCCUCCGGGCCCGGCGGCGGCGGCGGCGGCGGCGGCGGAGAGCGAGGCGGCGGCGGCGGCGGCGGCAGUGACAAGGCCCGGCUGGAGCGGCUGCUGGCGGCCAGCUUCACCUACCUGGGCAUGGCGGAGAUGAGGGAGGUGCCGCUGGCGGUGAUGGAGCGGCUGGAGCGUGUGCCCGCGCAGCACCUCAAGCAGCUGGCGGCGGACACAGAGGUGUUCAAGAUCCUGCCGCCAGGAGUGCAGCGGCAGGUGUGGGAGUACGACAAGAACCUGCUGCAGGCGGACGCGCUGCCGCUGGUGGGCGCCUACAAGUACGAGACCGCCACUUACAUGCGCUGCCUGGCGCUGGACGAGUUCCUGCCCGCCGUGCUGGCGGCGGGGCGGCGGCUGGCGCUGCAGCUGCUGAGUCAGGGGCCGGCGUCGUCGGGAGAAGGAGCAGCAGCAGGAGCAGGAGGAGACAGGGACCCGGAUUCGUUGACCGGGAUUGGAGGGAAGGGCGGGAAGGGCGGGGCGGCGCGGGGGCCGCGCGGUGCGGGUGCCGCCGCUGCCGCGGCGGCGGCGGGUGUGGGUGGUGCGCACAUGCUCGGCCCUGGAGCGCUGGGCGGCGGCGGGCCGGGCGGCGGCGGUGGGCCGGUGGGCGGCGGCGGCAUCACACGGAAGAUCCUGCGCAAGGGCAGCCGCAUCACACAGGCGCUGAAGGGCAUGGUGGGCAGCAGCCCCAAGAUCUACAACCAGGUGGUGGAGCUGUGCUGCGUCAAGUUCCGUGACGCCGAGGGGUUGUACGUGGGGCCGCGCGAGACGUCCUACGCCGCGCUGCGCUCGCAGCUGCUCAUGGCGCUGCAUGACGACAACAACCCCGUGGCCGCCAGGGACAGGUGCCACGAGCUGGCCUGGACGCUGGACGCGGGCAUCCGGGCGGGCGGGCUGUCGGACAAGCACCUGGAGAAGCUGGCGCGCUUCUUCGCGGACAUCCUGGCUGCCGAGGAGGAGGCGGCCGAGGAGCGCGGAGGAGGAGGAGGCGGCAAGCGGCGGCGCGGCGCGGCGGGCGCCCUGCCGGGCGGCGGCGGCGGCGCCGGGGCCGGCGGCAGGCGCGCCCCGCUGGACGAGGCUGAGUCGGCGGGCGCGGGCGGCCACGGCGGCGGCGCGGGCGGGGUGGUGGAGCCGCUGCGGGUGCUGGGUGACGCCGGCGUCAUCCUGCGAGACCCCUCCGCGCUGCACCUGCUGGCGGCACAGGCGCUGGCGCUGCUGCAGUCCGAGGCCAUCGCCUGCGAGCGCCUGCCGCGCGACGUGCCCGAGCUGCGCCUGGUGCUUCGGCUGAUGGGACUGGCGGUGGAGUGCCGCAGCAUGAUGCGAGACCGCAGCUACAGGUUCCCUGAGCCCGACAAGGUUGUGCUACACGACCUGCUCCCCCUCCUGGCCGGCAUCGCAGUGGACUUCAACACCACAGCAGCCGCAGCAGCCGCGGCGGAGGCAGCCGCCGGAGGCGGCGGCGGCGGCGCCGGAGGCGGCGCCGGAGGCGCCCGGCCGGGCGCCGGAGGCGGCGCAGCCGCCGCCGCUGGCGCGGCUGCGGCUGCGGCGGCGGCGGGUGGCUGGGUGAUGCCGGCAGCGGUGGGGCCGGAGCCCAAUGCGAUCCUGAGCCCGGAGGCUGCGGCGGUGGAGUGGCCUGAUGAGGCCACACACGGGCGAGUGGUGGCGGCGCUCAAGAGCAAUGAGGUGGCGCGGCGGCUGAUGCAGACGUUUGCGCUGGAGCGGUUGGCUCGAGGCGACUACCUGGGCGCGACCAAGGUGCUGCUGCUGCUGGCGCGCGCGCUGGUGGACGGCUGUUUGGCGGUGGAGGGCGCGGACUUCGGAGCCAGCCUGGCGGCACGUCUUGCUGAGCUGGUCAAGUCCCGGCGGCUGGGCCCGGGCAGUGCGCUGUGGCUGGCGGGCGUGGACAACAUCUGCGUGCGCUGCGUGGACGCACACACGCAGACGCACGAGGAGGUACUGCGGCUGCUGCUGGCGGCGGCGCUGCCCGCCCCCGUGCCCGGCGGCGGCAGCGGCCCGGACCGGCCGCCGCCGGCGCCGCCGCUGCUGACGCCUGCGGAGGUGGACCGCUACCUGGCGACCACACUGGAGCGGAGCAAAAAGAGCAGGAAGAGGUACAAGAAGUACGGCGGCAGUGAGGGCACGGGCGCCGCCGCCUCCUCGCUCAACCGCUUCCCCAUGUGCCUGCUGGCCUCCGACGUGGGGUCCGACAUCGGCAGCGACGGCUGGCCAGGCAUCCUGCAGCUCAAGCUCAAGGGCGCGGACGGCGUGCGCUCCGUGUACGAGAUGUUCCGCCGCGUGCCCGGCAUCUCGCCCGACAACGCCCCCGCGCUCUUCGCAUACCUGGCCGAGGCAGCCAAGCAGUAGCAGCAGCGACAGCAGUAGCAGCCGCAGUGGCGGCAGCAGCAACGACGGCAGUGGCGGCAGCAGUAGCAGUGGAUGGACGGCAACAGCGGCGGUGGCGGCCGGGCAGUCGACAGCGCGCGAGGCGGUUGGCUGGCGGGCACAGGGGCGGUGCUGGAGGGCUGGGGGAGCGAGAGGAUUGCGGGCUGUAGCGGCGGGACAGGUGGGGCCCCAGAGCUCGCGCUACAGCCUGGAGGCGGAGGCUCCGUGGCCGCGAUGGCGCGAGAUGUGGAAUGCGGCAUCAACGAUAAUGGAGGAGUAUGGUGGCGACCCGGCCUGGCAUUUUGGGGGCUCGGGACAGGGGCCAGUCUUGACCCGACCGUAUGCAGCGCGGGGGAAGCGCAAAUGAGCUCGCGAGGUGUGAAGAGUCCGAUCGCAGAUUAUACGGUAGUCCCACUGUGAGCUCUAUGACGGACAGUCGGAGCUCGAGCACGGGACUCAUAAUCCGUGCACGCGGGAAACUGCGAAGUCGCCACUCGGAGGCCCCGGCGCCUGCCUUUUGCGGCACCGAGGUGGCCAUUGGCAUUGUAAAUGGUUAAAGCA